UGCUGGUUCGAGAUGGUCUGUUUCUAAUGUCACUCAGUUCUGGAGGAAGUGAACGAAAUAUGCCAGACCAGCUGCAAUGACGACAAUAUGAACUUGAAAAAAUCCAGAAGUGUCGGCGCGUCCUCUCCCUUGAAUGGAAUAGAUAAACAAGCAAUCGACUGAGUCGCAAAAAAGCAACCUGUGUAGCACCAUUGGAGGAUGACAGAUGAGCCAGCACCACCUUCUUGGUGUUUGGCAAAGCUGAUAAUGACCACAGUGCUGCAGUGCUGUGAGUAUAAACAAUUGUGAUGGUUUGGAUAGAUGCGGAGUCGAAGAGGAAGAAAAAGGUGGCUGAGAUCACCCAGGCGUUGAGCGUGACGCCAGUGGACGUGGCAGCCCUGCGGCGGAUGGCCAUCAGCGAAGGGGGUCUGCUCACAGACGAGAUCCGUUGCAAAGUAUGGCCCUGGCUCCUCAAUGUUCACCUGGAAAACAUCCCAGAGCAACUCGAGGAAGUAGACAGAGAGAAUAACAAGGACUACAACCAGGUGUUGCUGGAUGUCCAACGAUCCCUUCGCCGAUUUCCCCCAGGUAUGCCUGAUGAGCAGAGGGAAGGGCUUCAGGAGGAAUUGAUUAACAUCAUCCUGCGUGUGCUUCUAAAGAACCCACAGCUGCACUACUACCAAGGUUACCAUGACAUCGUCGUCACCUUCUUGUUGGUCCUGGAAGAGCGGCUGGCCACUGCCCUGGUGGAGAAGCUUUCCACACACCACCUCAGGGAUUUUAUGGACCCCACCAUGGAUAACACUAAACACAUACUGAACUACCUGAUGCCAAUAAUAGACAGAGUCAAUCCUGAGGUGCACGACUUCAUGGAACAGGCGGAGGUGGGCACCAUAUUUGCCCUGAGCUGGCUCAUCACCUGGUUUGGUCAUGUCUUGUCUGACUUCCGCCAUGUUGUGCGGUUGUACGACUUUUUCUUGGCCUGCCACCCUUUAAUGCCAAUAUAUUUUGCUGCUGUGAUUGUGCUGUACCGUGAGGAGGAGGUUCUGGACUGUGAGUGCGACAUGGCGUCUCUGCACCACCUGCUGUCCCAGAUCCCUCAGGAUCUGCCCUACGAGAUCCUCAUCAGCCGCGCCGGAGACCUCUUCGUCCAAUUCCCGCCGUCUGAGCUGGCCCGCGAGGCCACCCAGCAGCAGAGCCAACAGACGGCGUCCUCCACCUUUAAGGACUUUGAGCUGGCGUCCACUCAGCAGCGUCCGGACUCCGUGUUGAGGCGACGGCGGCGGGAGCAGCAGCAGCAGAGUCCGCCCGCCAUGGACGCCAAGCAGGGAGCGCUGGUGGCCGUGCGGCCCUCGGCCCGUCGCUUCGUCCGGCUCGCGGUCAUGGGCCUCACGGUGGCUCUCGGCGCCGCUGCCCUGGCUGUGGUGAACUCUGCCCUGGAGUGGGCCCCUAAGCUAGACUUACAGUUCUUUCCCUGAAAGAAGGCAAAAAGAACAGACAGAACAGAGUGGAUGGAUCGAUUGUUUAGAGGAUGGAUGGAUAGAUGGAUGAAUGAAGAAAAAAAUGAAAGGAGGGAACAGUUCAUAGAGGUUCCACAGCACCACCUGAUACCAAGAACGAUGAGUGGAUGGAUUGAUUUUGUGAAGGAUGGGUACAUGGACGGAUGGAAGGAUGGAUGAAUGGAUGGGAGGAGUGAGCAGCCCAUAGAAGUUCCACAGCACCAUUUUUGCCUGCCCUUAUGUUAUAAAAGACCAUCAUGGAUUAAUUUGAAGAGUAUGAAAGACAAAAAAAAUUAACCACAUUUCGUCUUUUUAUUUAUAUAUUUGUAAAUAUAUACAGUCUGCAAGUAUAGACAUGAUUAAUAUCAUGCUUACAGAGAUUAAAGAUGUGUGCGCUUUCUGUUUUUGUUUUGUUUUGGUAUUAUUUACAGUGUCAUUUAAAACACCAUGGUCAUUUCUACAGCUCAGAAGUUGUUGAUAAAGACUAAAAUAGUUGGUGACAUGAGAGUUGGUCACAUGAGAGAUGGGAAAAGAUAAUGAGGUAAAACUUGAGGGCUAGGGUCUAGCUGAAAAGGUAACUAUAAUGUCUUAUGGGAUUGUUAAAAGACCUAGUUUGGCAUAUGGUUCAGUAACUGGAUCAUCUCCUGAUCUCAAAAUUCAUCAGUCUUUAGUUAUAAGUCUAUAUCAUCAAAAAUAUGUUGAAGUCAAGAAUCCCCAUUUCACUAUACAAAUAACACUAUUCUGAGACCAAAAACAUGUCUGAGAACAUUUUUUUCCUGUUUAAAUGCCAUCCUUUUUAAGUAACUUACUUUUAUAUAUUUUGUACAGGUUAACCCCUGUAAUGGAUAAUAGAUAAAUAUGUAUGUAUAGGAAUGAUGAUUAAUGCUGAGCCUUGUUUAUGUUCUGUUAAGAUAAAACCAAUGAAUAUAGGAUUCGUCUGUAUCAAGCUGUUUGUAGGUAAAUACAGGGUAGUUUGGUUAAAUGCUUUUUUUUGGCACACCAUUUUCUUUCUCAGACAUUUGUAACAAACCUUGGUCUUACUAGAACACAGUUGAACACUUUACAGUGUUCUGGUGUUUCAAAUACACACUCCUCACAGAAGUGACUUGAUGUAAUAGGUCUUCGAACAAGCUAGCCUGUUUUGAGUUAUUGGAACUUUGGAGUUUUUGACUAUUUUGUUGGUUUAUUUGCACUAAAACACGCCUCAUGCUUCGCUCAUUGCACUAUGUGGCUUGCAGAGGAGUGGUACCUCUCAUAUUAACCACUGUCAUAGUUUAAUCCUUAAUAUAUGGACAAUAAAGUUGAUAUAAAAUGAAAACAAGCAAAGUAUAUAUAUUUGGAUGUCUAUAAUGUUAUUUCUGUAAAUGGGUUUAUUGUACUUUACUGGUGCUGUGCUGGUUAUAAUGUAUGAAAUCUCAUAAAAUUACUCAAGGGCUGAAAUGGAGGAUAACGAGUUUAUAGCUGAUAUCAGUUAAGUUCACUAUAGUGGUCUCUCUCUAGUGCUUAACCAUUUAAAUAUUUUAAGUCAAGUUCUUGGACAUUUUUGGGAAAUGUUCUGAUGCCAACAAAUCUGAAAGUCAAGGCAUCAGCACAUCAGAAAAAAAAAAAAAUAUCUUCUUUAAUUUAACAAAAAAGUGCAAACAGCUGUCCAAUGAGAAGAAGUUAUACAAUAAAGGGACAGUAUACAUUAGGUCACCUUUAGUAUUUGUUUGUAUGUUUUGUUGUUGCAUGAAACAAAUGCUGUAUUCACUUCAAACUAAUUAAGGUAAUGGAAUGAUUAUAAGAAGCCUAGCUAAAUGCUAACUUUACUGCCAUUCAGGUCAUUUCAGGUCAUUUCCAGGUUCUGUGGCCCUUAGUAUGAAAAUAAAUACCCAGAAAACCUUA